AGAUAGUAUAAAAUUGAUGAAAAUGUAUAAUAUAUGCUCGUGUUGUCAACAUUUUUUAUCUGUACCAGAGACUUUUACGAAUUUAGUUGACGAACUGCAAUGUUAUACCAACAGUUAGCACAGAUAUCGAUCUAACGGAUGUUUCAUAUAGGUACUCCCUAUAACACAUAGUUGGUAAUGCUAAUCCAGUCUCAGGUAGAUAUUGUAUAAUCGAAUGCUGUAGUUACUGUGGAAACAGUGUUGUUUAAGUGGUGCAUUAUCUAACCAAGAUCUAAAAGGCCUAGGCAACCGAUAACACCAACCAAUACGAAUCGUCUAUUUCAUGUUACCCCUUCCCUUUUUUUUAAAGUUAAAGGUGAGAACAGACUGAUUAGUGACAGCUGUUCUCGCCGCCUGUUUCACGUUUGUUGGUUUGGUUGUCAACUUGGUUUUGUUUACGCUGGUGAAGAACCCCGUAUAUAACAAACUUUAAUAUUAAUUUUACAAAGAAUAACUUUGUUAUACACAUGAUAUUAUUAGAACUGUAAUUGAUAUUAUGAUGCAAUUCAAGUGUUAAGUUAAAUAAAACCAAAAUAAGUUAGAAAUAAUGUCUUCUGGGGGUAUAUACGAGAAGAAGAGGUUGCCUCGUAAGCCUAUACCAAAGUUGCCAUGGUUACCACCAGCAGACGAGGUGCCAACACCUCUCUUAGCAGAGACAUUACAACGAGGAUUGUUUCCUCCACUUAUAAAAGAAAAAUCAUGGACCAAAUCAGUUCCUUUCAGGGAUGGAUUUGAGUAUUUGAAGCCUACAGAUACUAUAGGCAGUUGCUACACAACUAGUGUUAAUGCUUUGAGACUAGCUACAUUACCUCCCCGCCGCAAGACCAAAUCCUCUAUCACUUGUCUGGAUUCAGAAGGUAGACUCACCUAUCCCCCUAAACUUCCUCGUCUGCAGAUUCAGAAGCCACCUGUCAAGACUGUUGCCCAGAAGUAUAAACCAGGUGUUGUUGCUUUGUCAGAAUUGUUAAGCGGAGAAUAUGACCGUAAAAGAGCAGAGAAAGCAGAAAGACGCAAACAGCAUCUACUUAAAAAAGCUGAAGAAGCUAAAAUGCAACUCGAAAUGAAAGCCAAAGCUGAAGCAAGAAAACUGGCUUCCAUGGAGGCCAUUUUGCCUGUUCAUCCAGACACACAGAAAGCUAUUCUGAAAGAGCAUGCAGAUAAAGAUCAACUAAAGGCUGUGAGACCGGAAGAUUGGGACCGGAUCAAAUACUACCUCUAUCAGGGGAUCAAAGAGGACAUGAUAGAACCCUUCAAAGAGUGGUGGUUAACGAAAGCUAAGAAGAAGGUGAAAAUACCUACUGAUAAAAAGUACAUAAGUGUGCUGGAAGCGGUGGAGCGAGAAGUACGGGACUGUUAUCAUAUGAGCUUACACAUCGCUCUGCUGGACUAUGUGAUGUUGGACCCACUGGAGAGAGUGCGACUCAACAUCCAGACCUAUCCUGUGCGCUACCCUACCCUCACCAUUCGGGCCCCAGUCCCUUGGCACCAGGCCUAUAUCACGGCCAGCCAGCGGGCCUUCUACAGCAUCUUCAUCGGUCAUCCCAUGCUGCAUGCACUUAGAGACCUCUGGAACUCCAAGUACAGUACAAUGUUGAUACUUCCAGUUGUCGAAUUGGAGAAGGCAGGCUUUCCCCUCUUGCCAGAAAACUGGGACCUCCUCGUGAGAGAGUUGUGUGAGAACUCUCGUAAGAUUCUUUUAGAAGAGUGGCUGGUCCAGUGUGCAGAGAUAGUCCUGGCAGCAAGAGACUCCUGGGGCCACUUGGUGCCACGUCAGAAGAGGGUUCCGUUGUUGCUGGUGGAACGGCUGUUUAACUGUGUGAACGCACUGUUGUCUGGACAGCUGCGCUCACUGGUCAUGAACUCACUAAAACACGCUCUACAGCAGAUCACUAACUAUAAGAACGGAAACACCAUUGAAGAGGAGUAUGAAGAUCUUAUGUUUGUACAGCAUCCAAUGGUCACUGUGAAAGUCAUACCAAAAGAAGGCUCCACAAAUCUGGAGUUCCAGCCUCCUUUCACUUCCCUGCGUUUACAAGUUGAGGAUAUGUUCCAACGUAUAAUUGAUGUUAACAGGCAGGUGCCUCGGUUGGAGCGUUAUCUCUUUCCAGAAAUGGAAGUAACAGAAGAACUACUGAGUGUUAAGCCUGAUGAGGAGGAGGUGCAGCUGAUCAUUGCAGAAGCUUUGGAGGCGUUUGAUACCAACACUCCUGGGCCCCAAAAGUUCCUUGAUAUCUACAACAAGUACCUUUACAUUCUCUCCGGUGAAGCUGGAAGAGCUCUUGAUAAGUUCUUCAGUAUGGAUCCAUUCCCCUAUCUCAAAGAUUUUGCAAAAAGGAUACAAAUGUAUGAAGACCUAAGAGAUGAGAUAGACCUCAUGAGAAGGGAUAUCCCACUGAAUUUUAUUAACUUAGACUGCUCACUUCUAAACGACACUCUGAGUUCUCUUGUAACAGCUCUACGUAAACAGAUUGUAGAUUACUUCAUUGGCGUCAACAGAGUUCAUAAUCGAAGCAUUGCUUCCACAUUUGAAGAGAUGGCUGCCAGAGUAAGCCAGGUUCCAGAAACCACAGCAGAGCUGGUGGAGCUCACCAACUAUAUCAAUGAGAGCAGAGACUCCACCAUGUUCAAUCUGAAGACCAAGUUGAUCACCACUGCUGAGUAUGUCAUGUUCCUACUCAGCCAUGCGAUACUCCAGAAUGAGGAUAUCCUACUGAACAGUCGAGUGUUCUUGUGGCCCAAGGACAUGGAGCAGGUGUUGGAUCUCAGUGCCACUCGAAUUGCACAUCGAAGAGAAAUCGCAGAAGGUGUCUUGAGAAAUAAAUGUGCAGAGUUUGAACAAGUCUUGAUGGAGCACCAGAAGGAGUUGGAAGUGUUUCGGAAGAAGGAUCCACCUAUUCUGACAAUGGAGGAGAUGGUGGAGAGUGUGCAUGCUGUGGAGGCUCUCUCCAAGUUGUUGGCCAAAGACAAGCAGACUGCAGAUGCUAUUAAUGCAGAAGAACAGUUACUUGACUUUGAACAAACACCAUUCCUGAUCUUGAUGAACAUGUUGAACCAAGUGGAACCAUUUGAUCUCCUCUGGCACACUGUGUUGGAAUUUCACCAGUCCUAUGAGAAGUGGUAUUAUGGGCCAUUUAAAAAUUUGGAUGCGGAGGAGAUCAAGGAAAGUGUGGAAAACAUGUGGCGAGUUUUAUACAAGCUGGCCAAGACACUGUUUGACGUGCCAGGCUCAAAGCGUAUCGCAGAGAUGGUACGAGCAAAGGUGGAGAAGUUUAAACAAUUCUUGCCUGUGCUACAGACUAUCUGCAACCCUGGCAUCCAAGAGCGCCACUGGCAUCAGAUAAGUGAGGCAGUUGGCAUCACCAUUUUGCCAACGCCUGAAUCAACACUGUCCGACAUGAUCGAGCUAGGUUUAACCAAACACAUCACCAAGCUAGAAGAGAUUGGGGUGACAGCCAGUCGAGAGUUUGCCCUGGAGCAAAGUUUGCGCAAGAUGAAGCAAGAAUGGAUCGACAUAUGCUUUGAGCUCAUUCCCUACAGAGAGACUGGUGUUGCUAUCCUCUCUGCUGUUGAUGACAUUCAAGUGAUGUUGGAUGACCACAUCCUCAAGGCUCAGACCAUGCGAGGCUCGCCUUAUGUAAAACCCUUCCAGAGUGAGAUGCAACAGUGGGAGGAGAAACUUAUCUCGAUGCAGGACAUAUUGGAUGCCUGGCUUCAGGUGCAAGCCACUUGGAUGUAUUUGGAGCCGAUAUUUAGCAGUGAAGACAUCAUGCGCCAGAUGCCGGAGGAGGCUCGCAACUUCCGCAAAGUGGACAAGGCAUGGCGGGAGAUGAUGAAAGAGACUCUGGAGGACACACACAUCCUGGUGGCAACAGAAUACCAAGGACAGCUCAAAAUACUCAAUGAGUGCAACAGGACCCUUGAUGAGAUCCAGAAAGGCCUCAAUGAUUACUUGGAGAAGAAACGUCUCUACUUUCCCAGAUUUUUCUUCCUGUCCAACGAUGAGCUGCUUGAGAUCUUGUCAGAGACAAAAGAUCCUCUUCGAGUACAACCACAUCUUAAGAAGUGUUUUGAGGGCAUUGAUCAGCUCCAAUUUACAUCCGAAGAUGUCCACAUCACAGGAAUGAUCUCAGCGGAGGGUGAGAUUGUGCCUUUCUCUGGCAUGAUAAUUCCUGCUGACGCCAAGGGCAUGGUGGAGAAAUGGUUGCUGCAGGUGGAGGAGUUGAUGAUAACAUCAGUGAAGGAUGUGUGCAACUCUGCUAUCAAGGCGUACAAGACAGUGGCUCGCUACAACUGGGUGCUGGAGUGGCCAGGUAUGCUAGUCCUGUGUGCAUCCUGUGUACACUGGACAGCUGAGGUUACAUCAGCUCUUCAGGAAAACCAAUUGUUGCCAUAUGUGCAGAAGUGUAAUGAGCAGAUAGAAGAAUUAGUGGAGCUGAUUAGAGGAGGAUUGACGUCGGCAAAUCGUAUCACCAUUGUUGCACUCAUUACUAUUGAUGUUCAUGCACGUGACAUUGUGGUGAUGUUGAACAAAAAUAAUAUAUACUCAGUGGUAGACUUCAACUGGAUCAGUCAGAUGCGCUACUAUGCCCAGGAUGGGUGUAUUUCAGUAUCUAUGAUCACCACGAGCAUACAAUAUGGCUACGAGUACCUGGGCAACAAGGAACGGCUGGUCAACACACCCCUCACUGAUAGAUGCUACAGGACUUUGAUGGGAGCCCUAAAACUAAACCUAGGAGGAGCUCCUGAGGGUCCAGCUGGCACUGGGAAGACUGAGACAUGCAAGGACCUGGCCAAGGCUAUAGCCAAGCAAUGUAUCGUCUUCAACUGUUCAGACUCACUCGACUACAAGGCUAUGGGCAAGUUUUUCAAAGGAUUGGCUCAGUCUGGAGCUUGGGCAUGUUUUGACGAGUUCAAUCGUAUUGAGCUGGAGGUGCUGUCAGUGAUAGCCCAGCAGGUCCACAGCAUCCAGAUGGCAAUUAUACAGAAGAAAGAGAAAUUUAUAUUUGAAGGCACUGAAAUCUCGCUCAAUCCCACAUGCACAAUGUUUAUAACUAUGAAUCCUGGGUAUGCUGGCCGCCAAGAGUUGCCUGACAAUCUAAAGGUAUUAUUCCGAACAGUAGCAAUGAUGGUGCCUGAUUAUGCUAUGAUAGGAGAGGUGGAGUUGUAUGCCAAGGGAUUUGUUAAUGCUCGCAGCCUGGCAGAAAAGAUAGUGGACACCUACAAGUUGUGUUCUGAGCAGCUAUCCUCGCAGAGCCACUAUGACUAUGGGAUGAGAGCAGUCAAGGCAGUGCUGACAGCUGCAGGGAACCUCAAGAUAAAAUAUCCCAAGCAGGAUGAAGCUAUUAUUGUUCUCAGAGCCAUUAUUGAUGUCAAUCUUCCAAAAUUUCUUGUGCAGGACCUUCCGCUGUUUGAGGGCAUUUACCAAGACCUAUUUCCUGGGGUGGAGCUGCCUAAACCAGAUAGGGAUGAGCUCAUUGAAAUGCUCAAGGUCAAGUUGAAUUCCCGCAACCUUCAGGCCUCCGAAUGGUACUUGGGCAAGAUCCUGCAAGUCUAUGAGAUGAUACUGGUGCGGCACGGUCUCAUGAUUGUUGGGGAACCCAUGGGUGGGAAAACCUGUGGUUAUCAGAGCCUUGCUGAUGCAUUAACUGAAAUCAAUGCAAGUAAGAAGUCCAAGAUGGGAGAAUUUAAAGUUCUGUUCCGAAUAAUCAACCCUAAAGCGAUAACCAUGGGGCAGCUGUACGGACAGUUUGACCCAGCUUCUCAUGAGUGGUCUGAUGGGGUGCUUGCUAACACUUUCCGAGAGUAUGCAAGUAACACAAUGCCUGACAGGAAGUGGAUCAUGUUUGAUGGUCCAGUUGAUGCAGUUUGGAUAGAGAACAUGAACACAGUACUUGAUGACAACAAAAAACUUUGUCUCAUGUCAGGGGAAAUCAUACAGAUGACCAACAAGAUGAACAUGAUAUUUGAACCAGCUGACCUGGAAUUUGCAUCUCCGGCAACUGUAUCACGUUGUGGGAUGAUCUACCUGGAGCCGAAGACGCUAGGGUGGCGUCCUCUGUUUUACUCCUAUGGCAGAGUCUUGAAGCAGAAGAUUCUGCCUGAUCAAUAUGAACUGCUCGAGGAACUGAUUGAGUGGCUUGUCCCUGCCAUAUUCAGCUUCAUACACCACCAGUGCAAGCUCUUCAUCGAGACCUCUGAGCUGCACCUCUUUCAUAGUUUCACUCGCCUGAUGACAUGUAUGCUGGAGGGAGAAUCUCAGUCAGGGGUCAGUACCCAGUGGCUACAAUGUGUGUUCCUCUUCUCACUCACUUGGGGGCUUGGUUCUACACUCACUGGAGACAGCAGAAAACUGUUUGAUACAUUUUAUCGCUCCAUCCUGGUAGGAGAGCUGGAGGAAUACCCAAAGCCAGUUAAAUUUAAACUAAAUAAACACCAACUGUUCCCGGAAAAGGGAACUGUCUGGGACUGGAUUUAUGACAAGAAGAACAAUGGUUGCUGGGUCAGCUGGCUAGACACUUCUGACAAGACACAGCAGAUUACCUCUACCAAGGUAACAGAACUUAUAAUACAAACUGAUGAGACAGCUAGACAACGUUACUUCUUGCGAACUUACCUGGGUAUGAAAAUCCCUAUCUUGUUUAUUGGCCCAACAGGCACUGGCAAGUCAGCGAUUGUUCUAAACCAUUUAGUCAAUCUCGCAAAAGAAAAGUUUAUUGCUAACGUUAUAAACUUCUCUGCAAGAACAUCAGCUAACCAGACCCAGGAAAUUAUCAUGUCUAAACUUGAUAGGCGACGCAAGGGAGUGUUUGGGCCAGCAAUGGGCAAGCAGUGUGUGCUGUUUGUGGAUGAUGUCAGCAUGCCUCUCAAAGAAGUGUAUGGUGCUCAACCCCCCAUCGAGUUGCUCCGUCAGUGGAUAGACCAUGGACACUGGUACGAUCUCAGGGAUACUACUCGGUUGGACCUUGUUGACAUUUUAUUUGUCGGAUCCAUGCAACCAGCCGGAGGUGGGUCCAAUCAAGUUACAUCUCGUUUUAUCCGCCACAUGAACAUUGUUAGUAUUGAUGUGUUUGAUGAGACAACACUCACUAAGAUAUUCAACAGCAUAAUGGAUUGGCACUUUAGCAAAGGAUUUGAUGAAAAAGUUUCACGUUUGGGAAAAUUGAUGGUCAAUGCAACCAUGGAAGUGUAUCAGAAUGCAAUGUUGCUGUUCUUGCCUAUUCCUGCAAAGUCACAUUACACCUUCAAUCUGCGUGACUUUGCCCGGGUGAUACAGGGCAUCUUGUUGGUGCCAGCCUCCAGGAUAUCUGAACCUGAAAAGAUGAUGAGGUUGUGGGUUCAUGAGACUUUUCGAGUUUUUUAUGACAGACUUGUUGACCAGGAAGACAGGGAAAAGCUGUUUGAAGUGGUGAAAAAGGCAUGUUACCAUCACAUUCGCACUCAGAUGGACAAAUUCCUGGUGGAUCUUAUACCAGAGGGUGAGACUGAGCUGCAGGUUGAACAUCUACGAUCAUUAUUCUUUGGCAAUUACAUGGAGCCCGAUGCAGAUCCAAAAAUAUAUGACGAGGUGACAGACCACACUCUGCUGAUAGAGCGUAUGCAGUAUUACCUGGAUGAGUACAACACACUGUCUCGCACUCAGAUGUCACUGGUUAUGUUCAAGUUUGCCAUCGAGCACAUUUCUCGAGUGAGCCGAAUCUUGCAGCAAGACAACGGCCAUGCUCUGCUUGUUGGGAUUGGUGGCAGUGGACGACAGAGUGCCACUAAACUGGCUACAGCCAUGGCUCAGUAUGUGCUCUUUCAGAUAGAGAUCGUGCGUAACUACAGCAUGGUGGAGUGGCGAGAGGAUGUAAAGAAGCUACUGCGCCGUGCCGGUUGUGAUGGGAAAUCUCAAGUGUUCCUCUUUGCUGACAGCCAGAUUAAGGACGAGGCCUUCAUUGAGGACAUCAACAUGAUCCUGAAUACUGGGGAUGUGCCCAACCUCUACGCCUCUGACGAGAAGGCUGAGAUUCUCGAGAAGAUGAUGGAUGUAGCUCGAGAGUCUGACAAGAAGGGUGAUACAACUCCAUUGGCAUUAUACAACCUGUUCCUAGAAAGAGUAAAAGCUAGUCUACAUAUUGUACUGGCUAUGAGUCCCAUCGGAGACUCAUUCCGGAACCGACUACGCAUGUUUCCUUCUCUAAUAAACUGCUGUACGAUUGACUGGUUUACCAACUGGCCUGAAGAUGCGUUAGAGCGUGUCGCUCAAAACUUUCUCUCUCAAAUGGAUUUAGAGGAGGAUAUCGUGGACAGAUGUGUAGACAUGUGUAAGAGCUUUCACACGUCUGUUCAGGAGGCCUCUUUGAGGUUCUAUGAAGAGUUGAGGCGACACAACUAUGUGACCCCCACUUCAUACCUGGAACUAAUCUUGACAUUCCAGAAACUUUACCGCGUCAAGGUCGACCAGAUAACCAGCCUUCGGACUCGUUACGAAGUUGGGCUGGAAAAACUUGACUUUGCUGCAGGCCAAAUAGCAGUGAUGCAGGAAGAGUUGCAUGUGCUACAACCUCAGCUGGUGAAGACCUCUGAGGCCACUGAGAAACUAAUGGUUAAGAUUGAACAGGACACUGUCAUUGUUGAAGCCAAGAAGGAAAUAGUGGGUGCUGAUGAAGCCCUGGCCAACGAGGCUGCUGCGGCAGCUCAGGCUAUCAAGGAUGACUGUGAGAGUGAUCUUGCUGAGGCUAUACCAGCUCUGGAGGCAGCAGUUGAUGCUCUCAAUACUCUCAAACCUGCAGACAUCACUGUUGUCAAGUCUAUGAAGAAUCCUCCAUUAAUUGUGAAAUUGGUAAUGGAGGCCGUGUGUGUGAUGAAAGGUAUCAAGCCAGACCGCAAACCAGACCCGAGUGGCUCAGGCAAGAUCAUAGAAGACUUCUGGGGACCCUCUCUAAAACUACUGGGAGAUCUCAAGUUCUUGGACAGUCUCAAGACUUACAAUAAGGAUGCUAUUAACCCAGCUAUUAUGAAACGGAUUCGAGAAAGGUACAUGCCAGACCGCGAUUUCCAGCCACACAUUGUGAAGAAUGUUUCAAAUGCAUGCGAGGGUCUGUGUAAGUGGGUGCGAGCCAUGGAGGUGUACGAUCGGGUCAUCAAGAUCGUAGGUCCCAAGAAAGCUAAACUCGCUGAGGCUGAGGAAGAACUCAGUCAGCAAAUGGAUAAGCUCAACGAGAAGCGAGCUCAGUUGCAAGAGGUGACAGAUAAGUUGCAAGCUCUCAAUGAUGAAUUCGCUGCAAAGACAAAAGAAAAGAAAGAACUAGAAGAUUCUAUAGAUCUCUGCUGUCAGAAAUUGGACAGAGCUGAGAAACUAAUCGGUGGACUGGGAGGGGAGAAGGCACGGUGGAGUGAGACUGCGAGACAACUCCAGUUCUCUCUUGUCAAUGCUAUUGGAGAUGUACUGGUUUCUGCUGGAAUAGUGGCAUAUUUGGGUGCUUUUACUGUCAACUACAGAAAUGAUCUGAUUGUUGAUUGGGCGAAUGCGUGUAUGAAGCUACAUAUACCCUGCUCCAAGGACUACUCUAUGGUUGCCUGCUUGGGUGAGCCAGUACAGAUCCGCUCCUGGACCAUAGACGGGCUGCCUGCGGACACCUUCUCUAUUGAAAAUGCAAUCAUCGUCACGAAUGCCAGGCGCUGGCCUCUCAUGAUUGACCCACAGGGACAGGCCAACAAGUGGGUAAAGAACAUGGAAAGGGAUAACAAAUUGACGGUGAUAAAACUAAGUGAUCCCAACUAUCUGAGGGUGAUGGAGAUAGCCAUCGAGCACGGUCUGCCUGUCCUCCUGGAGAACAUACUGGAGGAAAUUGAUGCAACACUCGACCCAAUUUUAUUGAAGAACACAUACAGGAUGGGAGGAUUAGACUAUCUGAAGUUGGGAGAAAAUGAAUUACAGUGGCAUCCCAAUUUUCGAUUUUUUAUCACCACUAGAAUGCGUAACCCUCACUUCCUGCCUGAGCUUGCAGUAAAGGUGACUAUCCUGAACUUCAUGAUCACAGCACAAGGGCUGCAGGACCAGCUGCUGGCUAUUGUGGUGGCCAAGGAGCGGCCUCAGUUAGAGGAAAAGAAGAAUCAACUGAUAGUGGAGGGAGCCAACAACAAGCGUCAUCUUAAAGAAAUUGAAGACAAGAUCCUGCAGGUCUUAUCCAUGUCUGAAGGGAAUAUCCUUGAGGAUGAGACUGCCAUCCAGAUACUGUCAUCAUCUAAGGUAUUAUCUGAGGAAAUUCAAGCCAAGCAAGAAGUGUCUGUGUUGACAGAGAAAGAGAUUGAUUUUGCACGUAAUCAGUUUAUACCAGUUGCAAAACAUUCCUCUAUUCUCUUCCUGAGCAUCUCAGAGCUGGCCAACAUUGAUCCUAUGUACCAGUACUCUUUGGUCUGGUUCAUUAACUUGUACUAUCAGGCAAUUCAAAACAGUGAAAAAUCUGAUGAUUUGGAAGAGAGACUGGAAUUCCUUAACAGCUACUUCACAUAUAGCAUCUACCGCAAUGUUUGUCGUUCACUUUUUGAAAAGGAUAAACUUACAUUUUCCUUUGUCUUAUGUAUUGGAAUUCUGCGUUCCAAGGGAAAAUUGAUAGAGGAUCACUUGAUAUUCCUUCUGACAGGAGGGGUAGCAUUGGACAAUCCCCACCCUAACCCUGCUUCUGCUUGGCUCUCUGACAAGUCGUGGAAUGAGAUUGUUGUGGCUUCUGAUUUACCAGGUUUGUCGGGGUUGAUGUCAAGUGUAAGAGAUACCACAAAUCAUUGGAAAAAUUUCUAUGACUCAGCCAACCCCCACAUGAUGACUCUGCCCGAUCCGUUUGGCAAAGCUGAAGACUUACUGUGGCUUUCCAUCCUUCGCUGCGUGCGGCCAGACAAACUCGUUGUUGCUUGUCAGAUGUACGUGAACAAACAUCUGGGCUCAAAAUAUACAGAGCCCCCACCUUUCAAUCUACAGGACUCAUACAAUGACUCACAUUGCUGCUCUCCACUCAUCUUCAUCCUGUCCCCUGGGGCUGAUCCAAUGGCAAGUCUGCUCAAGUUUGCAGAUGACCUGGGCAUAUCCCGAGCUACUGUUAUGACAAUAUCAUUAGGCCAAGGACAGGGUCCUAUAGCUGCUGAGAUGAUCAGGACUGCCAUAAUGUCGGGCCAGUGGGUGGUGCUCCAGAACUGUCAUCUGGCCGAGAGCUGGAUGAAGGAGUUGGACAGGAUCUGUGAUGAAGUCAUCAUUCCGUCCAAGACAAAUAAGACAUUUCGCAUUUGGCUCACCAGCUAUCCUUCAAAAGUCUUUCCGAUUUCCAUUCUGCAAAAUGGUGUGAAGAUGACAAAUGAGCCGCCAAAGGGUCUGAGAGCCAAUCUGUAUCGAUCUUACAUGUCAGACCCCAUCAGUGAUCCACAGUUCUUCGAGGACUGCAGAAACAUGAACAACUGGCGACGUCUGCUCUUUUCUCUUUGUUUCUUCCAUGCCAUAGUCCAGGAGAGGCGCAAAUUUGGUCCCCUUGGCUGGAAUAUCCCGUAUGAGUUCAAUGAGUCUGAUCUCAGGAUCAGUGUUAUGCAGCUGCAGAUGUUUCUUAAUGAUUACAUUGAAGUACCAUUCGAAGCCCUUCUAUACCUAACUGGUGAGUGCAACUAUGGUGGGCGAGUCACAGAUGACAAGGAUCGUCGGCUUCUCAAUUCAAUUCUGGCUAUAUAUUACAACCAAAGUGUCAUUCUCCACGAACGAUAUAACUUUUCACCAAGUGGGAUGUACUACAUUCCAUCCGAGCUAGACUACAACAGUUGUCUGCAGUACAUACAGUCACUGCCACUCUACCCAUCUCCUGAAGUCUUUGGGCUGCACGACAAUGCUGACAUAACCAAGGACAAUAAGGAAUCGCAGGAGCUGUUGCGCAGUGUAUUGCUGACCCAGACUCAGAUAGCAGAGGGGGCGGGUGGAGGUGAAACAGACGCAAUGUUGUCUCAGCUGGCCAGAGAUAUUCUUGGCCGACUGCCUGAACCCUUCGACUCUGAAGAGAUCGGCAACAAGUAUCCUGUGUUAUAUUCUCAGUCCAUGAACACAGUGCUUAGACAGGAAGCUAUUCGGUUCAAUCGUUUACUUGAUGUGAUUAAGAAAUCACUGGUGAAUGUGAUAAAAGCAGUGAAAGGCUCCAUCGUCAUGUCCAAGGAUCUAGAGGAGGUAUACACAAGCCUGCUGAUCGGUCGGGUGCCUGCCAUGUGGGCCAGCAAGUCCUACCCGUCUCUCAAACCUCUCGGCAGCUAUAUUAACGACUUCCUGGCCAGAUUACAGUUUCUUCAGUCCUGGAUCGAUGUUGGUCCUCCUAAAGUAUUUUGGCUCUCUGGUUUCUACUUCACACAGUCAUUUCUGACUGGUGUACUGCAGAACUUUUCCCGCAGAGAGAAAAUACCGAUAGACCAAAUAGGCUUCCAGUUCACCAUCACACAAUAUGAGACUGAUGCUCCUCAUCCACCAGACUUUGGUGUCUACUGCAAGGGCCUCUUUUUAGAAGGAGCCCGUUGGAAUCGCAGUCUCAAACAACUGGAUGAAUCCUUAAAUAAAAUUUUAUACGACACAAUUCCAAUCAUCUGGUUUAGACCUGGCCGUAAGAACCAGUUUGUGAAAGAACCCUCGUACACAUGCCCAAUCUACAAGACAAGUGCACGUCGAGGUGUCUUGUCCACUACAGGACACUCCACCAACUUCGUCAUGUAUAUCACUCUUCCGUCAAAUCUACCAGAGAGUCACUGGAUAAAUCGGGGAGUCGCCUCGCUCUGUCAACUUGAUGAUUGAUACUACUAUUUACUUUAUUACUGUAUCUAUUCUGAAAUUAUUUUUUUACUUUUUGAAUAAAAUACUUUACUAAAA